AUGCGGGUCCUCCUGCUGUGGAGUUGCCUCCUGCUCCCAGGAUCCAGAGCCCUGAAGGGCCCGAAGGAGAUCAGCGGGUUUGAAGGCGACACCAUAUCUGUACGGUGCUCCUAUGAGAAGGAACUGAAGGAGCGCCAGAAAUAUUGGUGCAGGAAGAAAAGGUGGCUCCUCUUCCCCUGUUCUGACACCAUUUACUCGGGAGAAGAUGGCCAGGAGGUGGUGUCAGGCCGGGUGUCCAUCCGAGACAAUCGCCAGGAGCUGGCAUUCACAGUGACCCUGAGGGACCUCACCCGGGAGGAUGAAGGAGAGUACUGGUGUGGAAUUAGAAUACUGGGCUUCGAUAAAACUUUCCUCGUCUCUCUGAUCAUCUUUCCAGGGCCCUGCUGUCCUCCCUCCCCUCUAUCCUCCUUACAGCCUCUUGCUACAAGCUUCCAGCCCAAAGCAAAAGUUUGGCAAACUCAGGCCAUGGAAUUGACUUCUCCUGAUCUCCAGCUGAGAGUCACCACAGCCAAGCAGGGGAAGACAGGGGCCAAGGCCCCUCCAUACACAGACACCUCCCUGCAUGCACACGCAGGACCCUCACUAUACACAAGUGCCUCUCCUCAUGAAGAGACCUCUUCUUACUCAGCGACCACUCCUCAUACAGCGACCUCUCCUUCUGCAGGGAGCUCCCGCCUGGCCACACAGCUGGACUUCACCUCAGCAAAGGGUACCAGCCCCAACCCCAGCAGCAGUAGCUCCAAGUCCAGGGUGUCCAUCCCGAUGAUCCGAAUCUUGGCCCCAGUCCUUGUGUUGCUGGCCCUUCUGCUGGCUACAGGCCUGGCUGUCCUUGGCAGCUUCGUGCUCCGCCGGAGGAGAAAAGACCCGCCCAAGCCGCUAGGCCUUCACACAGGCUUCAUGGAGCAGAGUUGCCUGAAGGUGCUGACAGAUGCUCAUGAGGCCAUGGAGCCAGAGAAGAACCAGCAGGUCCACCUCUCACAGUUGGCCAAGAAAGAGGAGCCUGGCUGCAUCCCGGAGUAUGCCGUGGUCAAACUUGCUGACCCUUGUGCCAGCCACAAGCCCUCUGAGCUCCCUAACACAGAGCUCCAGUGCCUAAACCAGACUUCAGAGGAAGAGGAAUCCUCUUCCCAGGACCCCAAAGGGGACAGCAUUCCAGAGCCUCUUCAUUACUUGUCUGAGGAGAAACUGUACCUCUCAGAGUUCAUCCCUGUCUAG